AUGGCUCCCCUGUGCCCCAGCCCCUGGCUCCCCCCGCAGAUCUCAGCCCCUGCUCCAGGCCCCGCCGUGCAACUGCUGCUGCUCCUGCUGCUCCUGGUCCCUACCCAUCCCCAGAGCCUCUCCCGGAUGCAGCGGACUCCCUCCCUGGGAGGAGAUUCCUCUGGGGAAGAUGACCCCGUGGGCGAGGAGGACCUGCCCAGUGAGGAGGACACACUCUCUGCAGAGGAGGACACACCUGGAAUGAAGACUGAGCCAGAAGAGGGCUCUCUGAAGGUGGAGGAUCUGCCCACUCCCGCUCCCAGCGACACGCACAGGCACAAAGGGGACGACCACAGCCAUUGGCGCUACGGAGGCGGCCCGCCCUGGCCCCUGGUGGCCCCCUCCUGCGCAGGCCGCUUCCAGUCGCCGGUGGACAUCCGCCCGGAGCGCGCGGCCUUCUGCCCCGCCCUGCGGCCCCCGGAGCUGCUGGGCUUUGAGCUGCCGCCGCGCCCGGAGCUGCGCCUCCGGAACAACGGCCACACCGUGCAGCUGACCCUGCCUCCGGGGCUGCAGAUGGCCCUGGGCCCCGGGCGGGAGUACCGGGCCCUGCAGCUGCACCUGCACUGGGGGGCUGCAGGCCACCCCGGCUCGGAGCACACGGUUGGCGGCCACCGGUUCCCUGCUGAGAUCCACGUGGUGCACCUCAGCACGGCCUUUGCCACAGUGGACGAGGCCUUGGGGCGCCCAGGGGGCCUGGCCGUGCUGGCCGCCUUUCUGCAGGAAGGCCCGGAAGAGAACGGUGCCUACGAGCAGCUGCUGUCUCAUCUGGAAGAAAUCGCUGAGGAAGACUCAGAGACUCAGGUGCCAGGACUGGACGUGUCUGCACUGCUGCCCUCCGACCUCAGCCGCUACUUCCGAUACGAGGGGUCUCUGACCACCCCCCCCUGUGCCCAGGGGGUCAUCUGGACUGUUUUCAACCGGACAGUGAGGCUGAGUGCUAAGCAGCUCCACACCCUCUCGGACUCCCUGUGGGGGUCUGAGGACUCUCGGCUGCAGCUGAACUUCCGGGCCACGCAGCCUCUGAAUGGGCGCACGGUGGAGGCCUCCUUCCCUGUCGGAGCGGAGCGGCGGACCGCUGAGGCUGUCCAGCCAGUCCACCUGAGCUCCUGCCUGGCUGCCGGUGACAUCCUGGCCCUGGUUUUUGGCAUUCUCUUUGCUGUGACCGGCAUUGCCUUCCUUGUGCUCCUUGUGCAAAUGAGCAGGCGGCAAAAACAUCCGAGCGGCACCAAAGGGAGCGCCGGCUACCACCCAGCAGAGGUCACCGAGACUGUGGCCUAG